ACUUUCCUUGCGGGGUCACCCAUAAAGACAGUGGGAGGGUUAAAGUGUGGUUUUCAAAGAUAUAUUUUACCGGAUAUCUAUGAGGUCUACCAUUUCUACAACCUAAGAAAAAUUGGUGAAGCUGAUGGCUGUGAUUGGACGAUGGGGGUAAAUCUGCAGGGUAAAUCCCCUCCUGGCUCAGGCAGUGAUUUGGAGCAGGGAUUUGCCUUCAGAGUAAACAGCGUUCUGGAGAGAUGACCGCCACCCUCCAACAUUCUCCACGCUGCAAUGGGCCAUCAGACAGUCUUUAAUUUUAGUUUAUCAGCUUGGACUCGACUCUGACAGCUCUUUUUAUUUCGUCCUUGCAUGUUGGGGUUGAAAAACGAACCAGUUUACAAGCUGACCCACUGGAAGCCUUCUGGAGGACAACGCAAUCCACUGGAGCCGCUGUCAUCAAGGUUGAGAUGUGAGGAGGAGUCAUGCCUCUGGUCAAGAGAAACAUCGAGCCUCGUCACCUGUGCCACGGCGCCGUGCCGGACAGGGUCUCCAGCGAACUGGAAUGUGUCACCAACAACACGCUUUCCACCAUCAUCCGUCAACUCAGCAGUCUGAGUAAACAUGCAGAAAAUGUGUUUGGGGAGCUUUUCAAUGAAGCCAACACCUUUUAUGUACGUGCUAACUCUCUCCAGGACCGAAUUGACCAUCUGGCUGUCAAAGUCACCCAACUGGACUCCAGCGUUGAGGAAGUGUCUCUUCAGGACAUAAAUAUGAGGAAGGCAUUCAGAAGCUCCACCAACCAAGAUCAGCAGGUUUUGUCCAAAGGCAGCAUUCCUGAUUCAGUGGUUGGGAUGUUCAACAGCUGUGAUGAACCUCCGCCUCUCAGGAACCUCACUGCUUACAGAGAGGAUUCCACAGACGCCAUGAAGUUCUACUCUGACCCGUCGUACUUUUUUGAUUUGUGGAAAGAGAAGAUGCUUCAAGACACAGAGGACAAGAGGAAGGAGCGGCGGAGACAGAGGGAGCAGAAGCGCAGCAUGGUGAGCAGCACCCUGCAGCGGGAGGUGAAGAAGGUGAGAAAGGCCCGAAACCGCAGACAGGAGUGGAACAUGAUGGCUUUCGACAAGGAGCUUCGUCCAGAUCACCGACAUCCACAAACUCUUCGGAGAGGAGCUUCAUCAGAAGGCUCUCUCUCCCCAGAUGGCAGGCCUGACCUUCUGGACUACCCAAUCCCCCCCCUGCCUGCUCAGGCUGCUUGUAACUAUGCCAAGUCUCACGAUUACAUCCCUGGAAACGCACACCCGCCACCACCCGUGGAGCAUGAAUACCACAGCAUUGACGUUAACUACAAGAGGCUGACCUACUCCCCAGCAGAGCCUCAUGGUGCAGACAGGACUAAGGGUUCAGCAGUGGUGCCUCUGCCCCCCCCAGGCCCCUCCAUCCCAUCAGCUCAGACAGCAUUUGGCUUUCCUCUGGGCUCACUGCCACCAGCUUCACUUAAUGGUGUCGGUCCCAGUUACCUUCUCCCGCCAGUACCUCCUCCCCCACCACUCCCUCCUCCAGCUGCGCCUUUACACCUCUCAGGUCACCCUGAAGGCUGCAGGGCUGAUGCAAAACCUGUGAGAGACGCCAGAAGUGACCUGCUUUCAGCCAUCCGCAUGGGCAUCCAGCUGAAGAAGGUUCAGGAGCAGCAGGAACAGCAGUGCCAGCGGGAGCCGGUGGGGAACGACGUGGCCACCAUCCUCUCCAGGCGCAUCGCGGUGGAGUACAGCGACUCCGAGGAGGACUCUGAGCUCGAUGACAAUGAGUGGUCGGACUAAUAAAACUCAAAAUGUGACACCUGCCUGAAGAGAAAGUUCAAAACAUCAAAAUGACUGUUUGGCUCCACCUAGUGCUCUCCACUGUCUUUGCACAACCAAAUAGAACAAUUCAGAUCUGAAAUAUGAAUGCAGAAAAGUUACAAAUGCAGCUUGUUUUGUUUGAAAUAAAAACUUAAAAUGAUGAAAUGAAAUAAAAACAUUCAAAAUGUGUUUAAACUAAUAAUAAUAGUUUAUCUUUCUGUAAGAAUGUAUUUUUAUAAAACAGCCUCUAGUUUGAAUCCCCAGCAUCAGUGUCUUCUAAUAAAAGACCUUUUGGCAAGCCAGUGUGAAGGAAAUAAAAAACUUCCAGUGCUGUUUUUUCCAGACUUGAGUACCCAUUUUUAAAAUUUGAUGUCAUUUCCGCUUCUAAAUAACCCCUUGUGUGGUUGUGACAUUCUGUAAUUCCUACCUCAAUUUAUUUCACUUUCUCACAUCAUUGUAGAGCAUAAAUGCAUACAGAAUUGUUCCAUUAAUGUGCUACUUGUUGUGUAUCCUUUUGUAAGUUUCAUUCCCUUAAUUCCCCUUUUUCAUUUUCUUUUUUUAAAUAAAUGUACAAACCUGUUUGAUAACAGGAACAAACCAUUUAUUUUGCAUUUUUUGGAACAAUUUUGUUGGCUGAAUAAAGUGUUUGAUGGACUCAG